AUGCUACACACUGAACACGACCGGGAAGCCACAGACAUGUACCUGGCACGGAGCGGGGCUGAAGGGCCUCUCCCUCCCCACACCGGCGAGUUUGUCAAUAUCAACAUUUACUGCAAAUAUGUGUCUGUGGUUCUCUGCCGUCGCUCUCCGUCACCACCCCUGAGAAUCUACAGAGUUUACAUUAAAAAGUGUCACCCCCGGCUGCCACAGAUGUGUCAGGGACGUGAGAGGGGAGGGUUCGCAGGGACGGUUCGCAGGGACGCUGACUGA